CCUACUUCCCUUUACAGGAUAGCUAACGGCCAGGAGAAAUAGAGUGGAAAAUGCAAAACAACGAAAUUAUAAAACCUGCCAAAUACUUCUCAGAAUUGGAAAAGAGUAUCCUGCUUGCUUUGGUCGAAAAGUACAAGUAUGUGCUGGAAUGUAAGAAAAGUGAUGCACGAACCAUUGCCCUCAAGCAACGGACCUGGCAGGCGCUGGCGCACGAGUACAACUCCCAGCCCAGUGUGUCACUGCGGGAUUUCAAACAGCUGAAGAAGUGCUGGGAGAACAUCAAGGCUCGGACGAAAAAAAUUAUGGCCCAUGAAAGGCGAGAGAAAGUGAAACGCAGUGUCAGCCCACUUCUGAGUAGCCACGUGCUGGGGAAGGAGAAGAUCGCCAGCAUGCUGCCCGAGCAGCUCUACUUCCUGCAGAGCCCUCCCGAGGAAGAGCCCGAGUACCACCCUGAUGCCGCAGCCCAAGAAUUAAAUGUGAGGGAGUCUGAUGUAAGAGUUUGUGAUGAAUCAUCAUGUAAAUACGGAGGCGUCUGUAAAGAAGAUGGAGAUGGCUUGAAAUGUGCAUGUCAAUUUCAGUGCCAUACAAAUUACAUUCCUGUCUGUGCAUCAAAUGGGGACACAUAUCAAAAUGAAUGCUUUCUCAGAAGAGCUGCUUGUAAGCACCAGAAAGAGAUAACAGUGGUAGCAAGAGGACCAUGCUACUCUGAUAAUGGCUCUGGAUCUGGAGAAGGAGAAGAGGAAGGGUCAGGAGCAGAAGUUCACAGAAAACACUCCAAGUGUGGACCUUGCAAAUAUAAAGCUGAGUGUGAUGAAGAUGCAGAAAACGUUGGUUUAGAAGCCAUGAUCCCAAAUAAGAAUGAGUUUUUGUUUUCCAUCCCUACUAGAGUUACUCAGGCACUGAAGACAGAUGUUUUCAAACCUUCUUUCCUCAACACAGAUGACACUAGUUUGUUGGGAAAGAAAGAUGAUGGACUACCAUAUCGACCAGAUGUGAAAGAUGCUAGUGAUCAAAGAGAAGAUGUUUAUAUUGGAAACCACAUGCCUUGCCCUGAAAACCUCAAUGGUUACUGCAUCCAUGGAAAGUGUGAAUUCAUCUAUGCUACUCAGAAGGCUUCUUGUAGAUGUGAAUCCGGUUACACUGGACAGCACUGUGAAAAGACGGACUUUAGUAUUCUCUACGUAGAAAAGAAGGUUGCACAGCUAGUUUUUAGCAGAGCUCAAGCUCAACAUUACCAGAACUCAUCCCAGUACCUUUAUCCCACAUUGCGUAGCACAGUGCUUUGUGCAGACACAAUAAGAGCUCAUAUGUUUGCAUUCUGUGGACAGGCACAAACACAGUUACAGCACGAUGAGAUUUAUACCACCUGGAGAAGCACAAAAUGCCCCAAAAACAAUAGAGGACGACGACAGAAGCAAAACCUAGGUCAUUUUACUUCGGAUACGUCAUCCAGGAUGGUUUAAAACGGUGGCUUUUAUAUGUACACUGACCAUGUGAUGUACAUUUAUUAUGUCUUUUUUUAAAGAAUGGAAAUAUUUAUUUCAGAGGCCUUAUUUUUGGACAUUUUUAGUGUAGUACAGUUGGCUCGUAUUUAGAAUAUUCAGCUACAGCAGUUUUGGACUGUUUAGUAGUCUUUGUUUUAUGUUUUUAAAGACAGAAAUUGAUUUCAUAAAUUUGUACCACAUGGUAAUUCUAAGACUCGCUCUUUACCCAUGGAAUGUAAUAUUUUUGCAAAGGUGGACCACUUCACAAAUGGUUGUAAAGUCAUACCCACUUCUUCCACAAUGACCACAGCAAAUGACUAAGCAUGAACUAAAGGUAAAGAUGUUUACAGAUUACUUUUCUUACAAAACAAAUUUUAGAAGACACUGUGUUUAAAUAGACAUUUAAAUGUUUCGAGAUUUAGUAACUGUUUUUCUAGACACUGCCUAUCGCAUGAACUGUAAAGCCGUGUGUGUUAGGUGUAAAAUAUUUAUAAGAUGUAUGGACUGGAAUUUGAUUAUUCCUUCCUUUGAAAAAAUAAUUCUGGUAACUCAAAAAAGUAUCUGGUAGCAAUGAUGGGACAGAUCACUGGGAAGUAGAUUUAGACAUUGUGAACACUGUCUGUUUAACAAACAGACUGGAAUAAAGCCUACCCUCUCAGUUAAACUACUUUAAUACACAUUAACUUUUAAAGAAAAGAUUUGUUUUAACAUAAAUAAUUGUAUCAGUGUUUGUGAAUAAAAUGCAAAAAUGACUAAUGAUUGGUGCUCUUAAAGUGAGCUUAAAAAUUACCUAAGACCUCUAUCCAAAUUUGUCCUGUAGUAAUAGCUAUAAUAAUAGAUUGUCGGUGUUUCAAGAUCUGAAGUGCGAGUAGAAUGUAUUCAGCUGUUUAACGUGUAGUUUAGAUAUUCAGAAGUAUGCAUGUAGAAUUUAAGAUGUUCAAAAUGGAAUAUUAAUUUUAAUAUUUGAUCUGGAAAAGCAUGUCAUAAUAUAGUGUUUUCACUAUA